AUGCUUGUUAACCGGGGUGGCCAAGAGCACUUGACUACGACCCGUCUGCCAGCUGCGAUUGACAGGAAGACGCUUCUGGGUGAUCUAAUCUGGGUGAGCUCUUCAGGGCAAGUUCGGGAUGGAGAGGUUGCACGAGAUCAUGGGGUAGAUCUGGGGAUGCUUACUGUGGAAGAGCGUGAACAAGGACAGCAUGCGGAGCAAGGGUUGCCGUUCGUGGCGCAUGUUUGUGCCGACAGCCAUUUUGAGGAGGAGCCAGCGAGUACGAUCCCGGCAGUUCAGGAGAAGCCUGUGAAGGGCGGUGAGAGGGGUGAUCGUUACAAGAUCUUGUCUUAUGAAGCUGAGCAAGAGAUGAAUCGAGCGGAAGUCAAGGUUGCUCAGUUGGUCACGGACACGAUUGAUGCGAGAAUCCUUUCGGACCCUCGGACGCCUGCAGAUGAGAAGCUGAAGUGGGUAAAUGAGGCUGAGGGGUUGAGGUCUGAUGAGGCGGAGGUAUGGCCGGGAGCGAAGAUUCUGCCUGCAAAAGUGAUGCUGACCAAGAAGCCCCUUCAGGAUGAUACGGAGGUUGAUCCAACAGACCCUUUGAGCACUUGGAGGGCAAAAGCACGGAUUGUGGUGUGCGGGAAUUAUGAGCAGAAUACGUUUGGUCAUGAUCCUGACAACGCGAGCGCCAACCCGGCUAUUGAGCACAUCAGGUGGAGCGCAGCGUGCCUCGCUGACAAUCCGGGCUGGACCGGACUGGUGCUGGAUAUCACGGCGGCAUUUCUGAAUGCAAGGAUGGAUAACGAAACGACUUUUGUCCGACCUCCCAAGGUCUUGAUGAGAGAAGGUCUGGUGCCACCAUCCAAGGUUUGGAGGAGUUGGACGUUCAAGAAUGCCGAGGGCGUGAUGUUUGUGCUGGACCCGAUUUCGUCUGGUGUGUGGGCCAUUAGAAAACAGGUAGAACCGCAGUCGUUCUGCGGAAUCUUUGACAUGUACGUUGAUGAUGGCUUGAUUGUGGGGCCAGUUGGACUGUGCACGGGUUUGGCGGAGGUGCUCUUAACAACUUGGCAAAUGAAGAUUCAAGGUUUCUUGCCGAGUGAUGAGUUGAAGGACGGCGAGAAGGUCAUGAUUGGCGACAAGCAGGUGGCUGUACGAGAAGAGCUGCAGUUCCUGGGAAUGGUGAUUAAGCGCACCAAGGACGGUGUGGCACUUCAUCUGGGUGGAUACAGAGUUGGAGCGGCGGGGCUGGACGACGGUUGGUUCUCUUUUCUGGCUGGGCCUGAGGACGAGACCGGACCUGCUUGCAACGGUUGGGGCUUUAUCCUGCAUGAGUGGGUGAAGAGCUUUUUGGAUAAGUUCCUUCAGCGAAGUGUGGAUGCG